AUGGCCACAGGAAGAGUCCUGCUCAGCUCUCUGCUGCUCCUGUCACUGCAGCUCGGCUUUGGCGGGGGCCCUGGUGCUCCAGGGGCUCCGGUGGUGGAGGGCACGCUCUCACCUGAGCCAGCAGCGGACAGAGGAACCUGGAGGCCACAGCUGGGUGCCCGUCUGCGCAGAGCCCCACCUGGGCCGUGCCAGCUGUGGAGCCUGCCCCUGCCGGUGGUGGAGCUGGGCCUGGGCUAUGCUUCAGAGGAAACAGUCAUCUUCCGCUACUGCGCUGGCAGCUGUCCCCGAGGUGCCCGCACCCAGCACGGCUUGACCCUGGCCCGGUUGCGGGGCCAGGGCCGAGCACACGGUGGCCCCUGCUGCCGGCCCACCCGCUAUGCUGAUGUGGCCUUCCUCGAUGACCGCCACCACUGGCAGCGGCUGCCCCAGCUCUCAGCGGCUGCUUGCGGCUGUGGCGGCUGA